AUGGCAUUCAACCUACUGGCCCGUUCAUCAGAUUCGCCAAUCACAACUCGGAAGCAGAAUAUUGUCAUCGCAGAGAUCGUCAUAUACUCCCUUAUCCAUAUGGCGCAGUUUAGCACAAGAUGCAUGCAAGAGUGGAGGUACUGGCACCACAACACGAACAAGAGCAUCGGACGAUUUCGCAUAGCAGACUCGGCCCUAGUGCUUGCCAACUCACACCCGGAGAAGCCAAUGCUCAUUGCGGAAUCCAUUUUGCAAAGCGUAGGCCUUUCGCCCCUCUUGUUUGAAGUCAGCUUGGUCUUAUUAUGUGGACAAUCCGGAGAAACUGGCCCUGGAAAUUCGAUAUAUCAUAUAAUUUCCUCUAGAGCCACGGGGUAA